AUGGAAACUUCGUCUACUUUGGCACAGGACAUGAUCACGUGUGAUCUUUGUGACAACCCUACCCAGCAAUUCUGUAACAACUGUCAAGUCAGUUUGUGUGGGGUUUGUAUAAAUGAACAUGUAGAAAGUCUGAAGUCUGAGACACAUGACAUUGUUCCUUUUAAAGACAGAAGAGAACAGCUUAUAUUCUCCUCAUGUGCUUCUCAUCCAAACCAGAAAUGUGAGGGACAUUGCCAACAAUGUGAUGUUCCCGUCUGCUUCAGAUGUCUCACAGGUCCCCACAGCGGCCAUACUGUCAUAGAUAUGUCAGAGGUGGUACAACAGAUGAAAGAAGAAAUCAAGAAAGAAACAGAGGAAAUUGAGUCUUUUAUUUCAAGAUUCACAAUAAGUGGUGCAAACAUUGAUCAGAAGAUAUAUAAAAUGAUUGAAAAAUUCAAAACAAUGGAGAAGGAGGGAGAAAAUCUGAGAAAAAUCUGGCACGAAGAAGUGGACAACAUUUUUGACACACUACAGUCAACCAUUAGGACAUUGAUGGAUAGAAAACUCACACCUCUCAAAGCACAACAGUCUAUGCUUCAGGACUCCGGAAAAAAAAUAAAACGUAUAACAAAAGAAAACAAAAGAAUCAUCAAGUCCAAUAAAGUGUCUGAUGUUGCAAGCUACAAAUCAGAACUAAAGGAUUUCAAGCACAUUUCUACAGACGUUGAUGUGAAGAUUCCUUCCUUGAAAUUCAACACAGUGGCGGGGAAAGAACUCAGCAUUAAGUUAAAAGAAUACAAGGCUACACUGAGACAGGAAGCUAUAUCUAGUUUGGUGAAUGAAGUCUCCGUUUUAUCUGUGAGAAAAUUACUAGACAAAGCUAAAGUUAUUACAACCAUUUCUACAGGAAUGAAGCCUCUAAUUGGGAUUAGCUGCACUUGCACCAAUGAUGCUUGGGCUCAUGGUGAGGACAAAGUCAUAAGACGUAUUAACAUACAUGGAUCUUUAAAGGAGAAGAUCACCACCAAAUGUGAAUCAGGUCCAUCUGACAUUUCAGUUACAAGGCAGGGAGAACUAAUAUACAGUGAUGAGGGCAGCAGAACAGUGAACAUUUUCAGAAAGGGGAGGGUACAAAAACUGAUCACUUUACCUCGGGGAUGGCAUACAGAUGUACUGUGCUGUACGCGAUCAGGGGACUUACUAGUUAGUAUGGAAACUCCUGAUUACAGUCAUCACAAAAUAGUCCGCUAUCAGGGACAGACAGCAACACAAGAAAUUGAUAAGGAUGAACAUGGACAAAAUAUAUUUAAAGAUGGAAAAUAUGGAGUUUCUAUUGAGGAGAAUAACAAUGGGGACCUUUGUGCAACUGAUACAAAUGCCGAAACAGUGAUAGUGAUGGACAAAACAGGAAGAGUCCGAUUCCGCUACAAUGGUAUUCCAGCCAGAAGGAAUUAUUCAUUUAAUCCUACAGACCUUGUGACAGACUCACUGAGUCAGAUCAUUAUAGCUGAUUAUGAUAAUGAAUGUCUUCAUAUCCUAGAUCAGAAUGGACAAUUUUUAAGAUGUGUCGAUAUGUGUGGACUAGAGCGUCCUUUUGGAAUUAGUGUGGACAGUGAGGGAAGGUUGUGGGUAGGGUGUUAUAAUUCGGGUGAUGUAAAAGUGAUCCAAUAUAUGGAGUAA